ACGAGGCUCCGACAAUCAGUCGCAGUCGAGUAUAUACACGGUUGCAUAAUCGUAUCUCGACAUACGUAGUCUCACAACGUAAACCAACGGUUCGUUAACGCUAUUCUCUCUCGUCAUUCUUUCAUUGUAUCCAUCAUGGACAACAGCCGAGUAGACGUAUACGUGAAUGAGGGAAGAUUAAUCGGCAUCAUUGAGGAAGCUGCCUAUGGUGGUCACUACGUCGCCUUCCGAGGAAUACCGUACGCGAAGCCGCCGGUAGGCGAGCUCAGAUUCAAGGAUCCGCUACCACCGGAAAGAUGGUCCGGCGGCAGAGAUGCUUCGAAACAUGGAAACGUUGCUGUGCAAUUUGAUUUAAUGACACGCCAAGUGAUAGGCGAUGAGGAUUGCCUCUACCUGAACGUGUAUACAACAGAUAUCGUGAAAAAACGACCAGUUAUGGUGUGGAUACAUGGUGGUGCUUUUAGAAUGGGUUCCGGUGAUGCCGCCAUGUACGGUCCUGAUUAUAUUGUUCAGAAGGACGUCGUACUGGUCACGCUAAAUUACAGACUAGGGGUUCUUGGUUUCCUGAACCUCAAUGAUAAAGUAGCAACGGGUAAUCAAGGUCUGAAGGAUACGGUAAUGGCAUUACAAUGGGUUCAGAAAAAUAUAUCACAGUUUGGUGGAGAUCCGAAAAAUGUCACUAUCUUUGGCGAAAGUGCUGGUGGAGUUAUCGUGCAUUAUCUAACUCUGUCUCCGUUAGGCCAAGGAUUAUUUCAUAAAGCGAUAUCGCAAAGCGGCGUUGCUACGAAUCCUUGGGCAUUGUCUGAAUGGACGAACAAAACGAUGAACAGAGGUUUUCAACUUGCCGAGAAACUUGGAAAAGCGACAUCAAAUCCAAAAGUCGCUUACGAGUUUCUUAAAAAAGUCGACGCGAAAAAACUCGUAGAAACUACGAUACACUCUCUUCUCACAGAAGCAGAUCGUCUACAAUUUCUUUUAAUAUUUACGCCCAGUUUAGAUUACGAAUCGCCGAAUCCAUUCUUUCCGGAACAUCCAAGCACGUUAGUACGCCGCGGAGUUAAAGUGCCGUUCCUUUUAGGAAAUACCGGCUGUGAAGGAUCUUUUCUCAUAUGCAGUUCAUUUUUCGGACAUAUAAGCGAAAAAACUCUUAAAAAAGUCGAUUCCGACUUCAAGAAGACUCUAAUGGCCAACAUUUUAAAUGAACUACCAAAGAUACCGAUCACAGUCGAAGAAUUACGAUUUUUAUAUUUUGGUAAUAAAGCGAUAUCAAAGGAAACUCUAAUAAAUUACGCUGAUUUUCUGGGCGAUGCCAUGUUUUAUCGCGGCACUACGGAAGUAGCCGACAUCCAAAUGAACUCUGGUGGUUACACGCCGACGUAUUUGUAUAAAUUUACAUAUGACAGUAAAACUUACAUCGCAAAACAAAUAAUGAACGUUUCGAUUCCAGGAGUGACUCAUGGCGAAGAUUUAUUUUACUUAUUCUAUUCUCAUCUGAUGAAGACUUUAGAUAUGUCCCCACCUAAACCUAAUUCGGAAGAUUAUAAAAUGAUAAAUCGUUUAACGCAGAUGUGGACAGAUUUUGCUAAAACAGGAGAUCCAACGCCUGCUAUUACGGAUUUGACUCCGGUUAAAUGGACCCCAUUAAAGCACGGAAAUAUAUACAAUUAUUUAAAUAUUGAUAUUAAACCUCGGAUGGAAAUCGUUCGUAAAGGAGAACAGCGCUGUGAUUGGAAAAAUAUAAAACACAAGUUAACCGACAAACUCAUCGAUCUUGUUCAUUCUUCUAACGCCUUCAUCAUCAUGGAUAGCGGCAAAAUCGAAAUACAAGUACAUGAAGGAAAGUUAAUUGGUACCACAGAAAAGGGUGUUUACGGCGACUACUAUGUCGCCUUUCGAGGAAUACCAUAUGCGAAACCGCCGGUCGGAGAGCUCAGAUUCAAAGAUCCGGUACCAGCAGAACCAUGGUCUGGUAGUAGAGACGCCUCGAAAUAUGGAAGCAUGGCUGUUCAAAUGAGCUUUUUAACACGUCAAGUUGAAGGCGAUGAAGAUUGCCUCUAUUUAAAUGUGUUUACCUCAAAAAUUGAACCUGGGAAGAAGCGUACGGUAAUGGUAUGGAUACACGGCGGUGGUUUUUCUGUGGGUUCCGGUGGUGCACUCAUGUACGGACCCGAUUACAUCGUGCGAAAAGAUGUAGUUUUGGUUACCUUGAAUUAUAGACUAGGUGCUUUAGGUUUUUUGAACCUCUACGAUAAAGUGGCAACGGGUAAUCAAGGUAUAAAAGAUGUAAUCUUGGCAUUAAAAUGGGUUCAGAAAAAUAUAUCACAGUUUGGUGGAGAUCCAAAAAAUGUCACUAUCUUUGGCGAAAGUGCUGGCGGAGCCAUGGUACAUUGUCUAACUCUGACUCCAUUAGCCAAAGAUUUAUUUCACAAAGCGAUAGUACAAAGCGGUGUCAUGAGAAAUCCUUGGGCCUAUACUGAACAACAAUCACAUUCGACAAAUAUAGGUUUCCGGCUUGCCGAGAAACUUGGAAAAGCAACCACAGAUCCGAAAGUCGUUUACGAAUUUCUCAAAACAAUCGAUGCGAAGAAGCUUAUAGAGACUCAAGAAAAGUAUUUUUCGACGGAAGAGGAAACUCAACAGCGAAGCUCUCUGGAGAAAAUAGGCGUGAGAUUUACACCUACUUUGGAUCACGAAUCUUCGAAUCCAGUUUUUCCGGGAGAUAUAACGAAGUUUAUGAGCCGCGGGGUUGAGGUACCAUUACUUAUAGGUUUUACCAGUUGCGAGGGAUCCUUGUUUGUAUACAAUAAUAUUAGCGGACACAUAACUAAGGAAGAAAUUCAUAAAAUCGAUUCCGAUUUCAAAAUCGCCAUACAUCCAAACAUUUUAUCUAUACUACCAAAGAUAUCAGUCACAGUCGAGGAAUUGCGAUCUUUAUAUUUUGAGGAUAAAGCAAUAUCAGAGGAAACUAUGGAAAAUUACGUUAAUUUUUUUAGUGACGAAUUCUUCUGCCGUGGUACAAUGGAAGUAGUGGAUAUUCAGACAAAGCUGAAUCAUAACAAACCGACAUAUCUAUAUAAAUUUUCAUACGAGUCUGAUAAUUCCCCUAUAAAGAAAAUAUUUAAUGUUAAGUCCAAAGGUGCGAGUCAUGGCGAGGAUCUGACAUACUUGUUUUACUUUUCUAUGAUGAAAGAUUUAGGUGUAACCGCACCAGCAAUUGAUUCGCAAGACGGAAAGAUGAUAAACCACUUAACACAAAUGUGGACGGAUUUUGCCAAAACAGGGAAUCCAACGCCUAAUACAAACUCAUGGUUACCGGUAACCGGUUCACAGGGAAAAUACAAUUAUCUAAAUAUCGAUGAAAAUUCGCAAAUGAAUGUCUUCCGUAAAGGAGAAGAGAGUUGGAAUUGGGAAGAGAAGAAAAAUAAGUUACGGCACUAAAACUUUAUCUAUGUUAAGAUAAAAUUUUUUAAUACUUUUUCCAUUUACAAUAAAUAUUCUCUAGUUCCUUUUCAAAGAAAUUUUUUAGUUAACAAAAUGUAGGCACUAUUGUUUUGUUUUAAGUUCAGAGCCGGUUUUAGUUAAUGGAAAUAUAAAGAUUAAUCUUUUCAAACUAUGAUUUAUUAGAACAACAAAAAGUUUUUGCGAAUUAAACUUAAAGGGAUUGGAAAAUGUUACAGUACUAUCUAUGGUAACAAAUAGUAAACAAAUAGUAUAGGUCUUCAAAUAUAACUUUAAUUAAAUACCAUUAUAACU